GAGGGAGGAGAGCCACCGGAUUUAAGCCGCAUUCGGCCAAAGCCGAUGGCUCAUCGUCAAUCUCGCACACCUAUCCUCAACUAUCAUCGCGCCAUGUCCGAUCUCAGUGAUACUGACGCUCCGCGUCCCAAGCGCCGCCGCCAGCGCCCACACCUCAGCUGCACAGAAUGCCGGCGGCUCAAGAUGAAGUGCGACAGGCAAUUUCCGUGCGCCAACUGUCGCCGCAGGGACUGUGCCGCCGACUGUCACCGUGGUGGCCCUACAGGUCGUCGAACAACGCUUAGCCCAUCGGCGGACCAGGUAAACAGGAACCUGCACGAACGCCUGGCCCAUCUCGAGAGCAUCCUCGAGAAGCAAGGUCAAAUGGGUACGCCGGCACCCGGACCGAGUCUCCUUGCGACGCCCUCGACCACCACACAGGUUGCAGACGACGCGGACCACUCCUCACCGCUCCCUCCCCCUGCAGACGUGUUCGGCAACUAUACAGAGGCGUCGGCUUUGCACGGUAUUACUGCCCUCGCAGAUGCUAUAGAUUAUGUCGAUCACCAACCACUCCCGGAGCAGCAUGGGGUUAUGGAAACUGGCCUUGAGCUUCCAGACUUGGGAGACGAUGCGGCCAUGCCCCCUCUUGAAUCACGAUCACCAGCUCCAGGCGAGACCGAGGAUAUCGGCACUCUCGUCAUGUUCCCUUCAGGAAGGUCAAAGUUCUUGGGGCGCACGGCUGCAAGCGAGUGGCUGCAACAGCAUGACGUGGACGAAGCCGAGUCGCCGCCUUCCGAUAGCCACAUACCCUCACCAGCCCCAGAUCCCGGCUCGACUGGCUGGCCGUCGACUGCUGGCGCUAGCCCGCUCGAUUCUCUCAAGGUGGCAUUCCCCUUCAAUACAGCUACUAAGAGCUUCUCGACCUCGGCGCUUCUAUCCCAGCUCCCACCCCUCAGCGACGGACGCACCCUCGUCAACGUCUACCUGCGACACUUUGCCUGGCACUACCACAUUGUGUCGGAAGCGCGGCUCUGGAGCAUCCUCGAACGUGCAUAUGGGCUCCACCGCGAGCAAGAGCGGGUGUGGGUGCCUGCCGACCAGCUGGCUCUCCUCUACAUCGUGUUCGCCAUGGGCACAUACUUCAACCUGGAGUUACCGCCCGACGACCCUGGAGUGGAAGAUUACCUCAACCUGUCGCAGUGUUGUUUGGCCAAGGCCGACUUCAUCACCAAGCACACGCUGGCUGGUGUCCAGACCUUGCACAUCAUGGCAAGCCUAAAACUUGGUCUUGAUACAGGCCGAAACGGCGACAAUGCCUGGCCUAUGUUUGGACUAAUGCUUCGCAUUAUCCAGGCCAUGGGUCUGCACCGCGACGGUACAAGGUUUGGGCUGUCUGAGGAGGCCGCAGACGAGCGCCGACGAGUGUUCUGGGAGGGCUAUUCCCUCGACACCAUAUUCUCCAACAAAUAUGCCCGACCGGGCGCCUUCAACCCAGACUACACCGAUACGGCGUAUCCCUCACUCAUUCCCGACGACAACGCCUUCUAUUUGAUCAAGUACCAGCUGACACCACUGUUCUAUGCAGUCAUGGACCACUCAAUGCAGGUCCGCACGCCUCCAUACAGCCGGGUGGAGGAGAUCACCAAGCGGAUAUCCGCGUUCGAGAUCAAUGUUCCCUUUGAGAUGCGAUGCCGGCCGUAUCUCUGCGCCUUGCCCUCGCUGUACCCGGAUCCAGAUUCUGCUGUGCUCGCUACACCGCCAAUAGAGCGGCGAAAUCUGCAGAAGGCAUUUCAGGUGUUCACCGUUGGCAUAAAGGUGAGCGAGUGCCUGAUCGACUUGCACCGCCCGUACUUCUGGCGAGCGCUCUCCGAGAACGCAUCAGACCCCACACGGUCAAAGUUUGCUCCAUCCUACCUGACAGUGGUGGAGCGCUGCAAUGCAAUCGUGGUCAUAGCUGCAUCUAUUUACGAGCUGUUCCCGCAGCCUGCCGCACGUCACUGGUGGUUCUGGUACCACGCCUUCAGCGCUGCAGUUUGCAUGGUAACACUGGUGAUCAAGAGCCCCAGGAAUCCCCUCGUACCUUUUGGCCGCAAGCUAGUCGACACGGUAAUACACCUCUACACCGCAGUAGUUGGGCACCGCAACUCGCCAAUGAUGGCCAAGAAUCUUGCAUUCCUGCAAACACUGCAAAAUCGCAUGGAUGCAAAAAUAGCUCAAACAACGACACUGGGUUUAUCCAGCGACGUGGUGGCUGAGGGCGAGGACGACGAUGUCGAUCUGCUGGGCUGGACGACACGGCUAAUCGAGCGACAAGGGACGAACCUGCCCAGGACGAGGAUGCAGGUCACAAUCACACAGUCUCAUAUCGCUUGCCCCUCAAUUUCAGCGCCUGGAAUUGAAAGUGGCGGCGAACAACAGGACGCUCCGGACGAUGGAUGGCUCGAGCAGCUGUGGGGAUCUCUGGGUGCCACUGUUGAGUCCAGCGACUUGGAAAAUACCUGGUGGUCGCAGCAGGCCUGGGGGGAUCCAUCCGUGUUCUUGCUCGAGCCGAAUUCGGACCUUAUGUAGCUGUGCACAUGGUUCCCCGAGUUCGACAAUGUUGCAUCGCGACAGUUUACCAGUGGGAGAGAGGCAUUGCAAUAGGAAUUCGAGGCGGAAGUUUAGAUUGACUAUGUAACGUACUCGGCACCCUGAAGUCAGCGCGCACGAGGGGUGCACACGCACGCAGACCUGUAUCGCCUGCCCCGACACAAAGUCGGAGGCAGGACCAGCGAGGAAGCUAACCAGCCGUGCAACGUCCUCCGGCUCGGCAAUGCGCCCAAGCGGCGUGGCGUCGACCUUGCGCUGCGUGAGAACGCCGGGGGCCGGCUUGCCGUCGUCAGCCAAGUUCGCCUCGUCCAUGGCGCGCCACAUGUCGGUGUUGACAGUGCCGGGGCAGUACACGUUGGCGGUGAUGCCGUGCUUUCCAAACUCUCGGGACGCCCCUUGGUUGAGCGAGCGCACGGCAAACUUAGUGCUGCAGUAGGCGGUCUUGUGCAGCUGCGUAUCGAAGCCCGACACACUGCAUGCCGCUGGGGUAAGCUUCAGUCCUCGGAGGAGCUCACCAAUAAGUUUACCACCCCAGCCCUGGCUGAUGAAUUGGCGCGCCGCGGCCUGGUAGCAGAAUAGCACCCCGCGCACGUUGAUAGCGUAGAGGUUGUCGUACAUCUCGGGCGUGAUGUCGAGGAACGUGUCAGUCGGCGCAAUGCCAGCAUUCGCGACCAUCACUGGGCAUUAGCGCGACCAGCACAAGACCCACCGUCGAGCCGGCCGAACGCGUCGGUGGCGGCGGUGACCAGCGCGUCAACCUCGCCCUUUCGCCGCACAUCGCACUCGAGGCCAAUGGCCCGUGCUCCAGCUGCCUCGACCUCCACAACCACAGCGUCGAGUUUGGACCGGGCGGCGGCGACGUCGGCGAGGACGAGGGCGAAGCCGUCCUUCGCUAGUUGCUGGGCGAUACCGCGGCCUAUGCCUUGUGCGGCGCCGGUUAUGAUCACGACUUUGGUGGUGCUCAUUGUGCUGUAUGUAACUCCGGUCUUCCUAGGGGCUUAUCUCCGGUGGUCGGUUGUCUCUGCGCUCGGCAUUGAAAUGGUGAAGGGGGCCGUUCAUGUUUGGUCCUGCGUGAGGAGGCAGUUGGAAUCAUGUUUGCGUGAGCGAGGCAGCAAUGUGACGGUGCUGAGGGGGUGGCAGUCUACAUGUUCUUGACUUUGUUCACAGAACACUGGCCACCCAGAUGUAUUCGUCAGGCGGCCUCCUUCGACGUCCGGGAUGGAUACGGUAUUGCCCGAGGUCUGAGUCCCAUGUACUGGUGUCACGUUCUGCUCCGAGGCUGACGACCUGUAGUUCCGGGAGGGCACUGAGCAUCAUUCCGAGCUGUCGCGCGAAAGGGCUGUCGAAACCGUUGUUGAGCUCCUGCUCGUCGCCAUCCCACUCGCUGUCGCCUG